CUCGAUAGUUAAUCUCUCUUUUAAUUUUCGUUCAUCUCUAUAUCUGUCUUCUCAACAUGACGAUCUGUGGCAUGACAGAAAAUUUUUGAUUCAUUAGAAUCCGUGUUAGAAUCUACACAUCGGUAUAUAUUUUUGUGAUUGUGGAAAUCCGCUCUCUGCACCCUUAUAUGCAGCAUGUUCAUACUAGUGCCUUUCUGCAUUUUAAACGGAUUGCAUUGAGUAAACAAAUUAGAACUCUUCAGCUUGUCUCCAAUUUUUCUAUCCAGGCGCAUUACGGAAAAACUAUGUCUUUCAACUAUCCAAAAGCAAGAAGGGAUGAAACAGUAGUUGAUGACUAUUUUGGAGUAAAUGUGGCAGAUCCUUACAGAUGGCUUGAAGACCCAGAUUCUGAAGAAACAAAGUCUUUUGUAGAUGCGCAGAAUGAAAUUACAAAACCAUAUUUAGAUGGAUGUAUUUACAAAGAUAAGAUAAAAGAUAAGGUCACUGAGCUGUGGAACUAUCCCAAAUAUUCUGUACCUUUUCGCCAUGGAAAUAAGUAUUACCAAUAUCGAAACACUGGCCUGCAAAACCAAAGUUUAAUUUUUGUUCAAAAAGACCUUGAUGAUGAAGCAGAGGUCUUUUUAGAUCCUAAUAAAUUUUCUGGUGAUGGCACAGUAGCAUUAUCAAAAACAGCUUUCACUGAAGAUGGAAACACUUUUGCAUAUGGCCUCAGUAAUAGUGGUUCUGACUGGUUGGAGAUAAAAUUCAAGGAUGUAAAGACUGGUGAUGAUUAUAAUGAGACUUUGAAGAGAGUCAAGUAUUCACCAAUGACGUGGAUGCAUGAUAACAUUGGUUUUUUUUAUGGGGCCUACUUGGAUCAAACUGGUAAAGCUGAUGGCUCAGAGACCACAAGUAGUGAUAAUCAAAAGUUAUAUUAUCAUACAUUAGGAACUGAUCAGUCACAAGAUAUUGUUGUUGUUGAGUUUGAGGAUUCACAAUUAAGAAUAGGUGCUACUGUUAGCCAUUGUGGUGAAUAUUUAGUAAUCACUCCUACAAAAGGGUGUAAAAAUAACCUUGUUUAUUUUGCCAAGUUUUCUGCAGAUAAUAAAAUCAUCAAGAAAUUGGAGCUAACCCCAGUUGUUACAGAAUUUGUAGCUGAUUAUGAAUAUGUGCAUAAUAUAGGUUCAAAAUUCUUCUUUAGAACAAAUAAGGAUGCAGCAAAUUACAAAAUAAUUGCCAUUGAUUUCAAUGACAUAAAUGGAACACCCUGGACAGACUUGUUGCCAGAACAUUCAAAGGAUGUUUUGGAUUGGGCACAUGUCAUCAAUACUAAUAUGCUUGUUGCAUGUCAUCUUGUGGAUGUGAAAAAUACUUUGGUUAUUCAUGAUUUGGAAACUGGGAAAAAAUUGCAUGAUUUCAAGGUAGAUCUUGGAACAAUUUCAGCUAUUUCUGGCAAGUAUUACCAUCAGCAAAUGUUUUAUAGUUUCUCUUCCUUUCUUACACCAAAUAUCAUCCACAAAGUUGAUUUCAAAGAAGGAAGGAUAAUUGACACAGUAUUUUAUAAAACAAAAGUUGGAGAUUUUGAUCCUUCAUUAUUUGAAAUUAAACAAGUGUUUUACAAGAGCAAGGAUGAUAUUGAAAUACCUAUGUUCAUCAUUCACAAGAAGAACUUGCAGAAAGAUGGGCAAAAACCAUGCUUAUUGUAUGGGUAUGGUGGCUUCAAUAUCAGCUUGACACCUGGUUUCAGUACUUCUCGAUUAGUUUUUAUUAGAAAUUUUGAUGGAAUAUUUGCCACUGCAAACAUUAGAGGGGGUGGAGAGUAUGGAGACAGAUGGCAUAAUGGAGGAAGAUUUGAGAAGAAACAAAAUUGUUUUGAUGAUUUCCAAUGGGCAGCAAAAUAUCUAGUAAAGGAAAAUUAUACAUCAGUAGACAAACUGUCAAUUAUGGGUGGUUCAAAUGGAGGUUUAUUAGUUGCUGCUUGCAUAAAUCAAGCCCCAGAGCUGUUUGGAGCUGCAAUUUGUCAAGUGGGUGUCUUGGACAUGUUACGUUAUCAUAAAUUCACAAUUGGCUAUGCUUGGACUACUGAUUAUGGAUGUUCUGAUGUAAAAGACCAGUUUGAAUAUUUGUAUAAAUACUCACCCUUGCAUAAUAUCAAAGAGCCUAGAGAAGGUCAGUACCCAGCAACUUUAUUGCUUACUGCAGAUCAUGAUGAUCGUGUUGUGCCAUUGCAUUCUUUCAAAUUCAUAGCCGAAUUGCAGAAUAAAAUAGGCAGUCUUUCACAACAGAAAAAUCCACUGAUGAUACGAGUCGAAACAAAAGCUGGUCAUGGAGGUGGAAAGCCAACAUCUAAACUAAUUGAUGAAGUCACUGACUACUUCUGUUUUAUUUCAAGAGCACUAGGGCUAAAGUUUUUGGAUUGAUGCAUGUUUUAUUAUCAGAUUGAUAGAACCCUAAUUUUGUAAUAUUGGUGUCAUUUGUGAUGGAACCUAUUUUCAACUCAAACAUGGAUUAACAAAUCUGUAUAUACAAAAAAAAAAUAAAGCAGAGUUUUAGAACUUACCUUUCAAGCUGCUUGUACAUUUGGAUCUGGUUGUGGCAUUUUUUCUUUGAAAAAGUGUUUAUUAGACCCCACUGCUUUUAUUUGAGGAAACAUGCUGACAAAGUCAGUUUUAAGAUCAAUAAUCUAUUUGAUAGUUGCCAUAACUAGCAUGAUUUAGGCAUAUGAAAGAUAAGGGUUUAAUAGCUACAAAUCGUUUUAAAUUUAAAAAAAAAACUUCUGGGAAAAAUUAUAACGUUUUAUGGAAAGCAUUUUGCUGGUCCAGAAUAACAGUAUCUUUUAGAACAAAGAUAUAUUUCAAAAACAGUUAACCUAUCAUGGGACUGUAAACGUUUUUAUAUAGAGCAUAUUAUGUGGAAUCAAAAAGUGUAAAGCAUUUGCCUCUCCAUUAAAUUAUGAUGGAAAAGAGUAUGUAGAGUUACUUGAUAUUUUUUCUUUCUCAUUUCAUCAACUCUUUAUGGAAGCCAUAAAGGCACCCAAUUUCAACUUGGAUCGCUUAGAUAAGUAAAUAUAUUAUUUUCAUCAGCAACAUAUUAUGUCUUCAUUAUUGUGAGUGAGCAGAUAGUAUCUCUCUCCAGAAAUGUCGUAAUUGGCUUGCUCAUGAAUUCGCAACUCAACUCUCCCCCAUGUUAAUUUAACUUCAUCUGUCGAUAUAACAGAUUAGUACCAUCAUUUGUAAAGGUGCGAUUCCGUACCGCGACAGGGACAACGACUGCGAUCAAGGCUGAGAUCGCUAUCCGAGACUAGUAAUAUAGCAUAGAUACAAAAAAUCUGCCAAUCACAGUGAAAUACUAAAAUACAUUUUUACAUUUACAUUUUUAGAAAUGUAUGAAAAAGUAAUAGGAGCACAACGCAGUUACCUUUUACUACUGUAAAUAUUUUUUUUUUAAUCUGUAUUUUAAUAUUUCACAGUGAAACUGUGACUGCCACAGGUUUUCUGAAUGAGUGCUAUCUCAACAGUCUCGCGAAUGGGUUUCAGGCUUGGUCGCUGUCUCCUAUGCAGGGAAUGGCACCUGAUAGUUUAAAAUUGUCAUGCUUAUAUUUUCACCAUUAUGUUUUGUUACCAAACACCUCAAUAAUAAUAAUAAUUUAUAUUUGUCAAUCUUUUAUUUCCUAGUGAAGGACGUGUAGGUAUGGAUAGUUUUGAGAAUAUAGAAAGCCCAAAUUAUAUAUGUAUUGUUUGAUAAUACAAAAGUAAUAAUUAUUCAAGGGUUCAGUUAGAAUCGUGCCCCUGGUCAGCUUGUAUUGCAGAGUUGAGUCUAUGGCUAACAGUUUGUGAUGCAUGCAUGGACCUUAGAAGUGAGCUGCUUAUGACUGAAAAUUAUGCCAAAAGCCUAACAUAUAACAUAGAAGCCACUUUAUUAAACAUAUGUAUACAUAGGUACAUUGCGUUUCAAAAAGGCCUCCCCACCAGUGUUGUGCGAAAUUUUUUCGAAAGAUUUCAAUAGACAUCAAACCAAAAGGGCAUCAAAUGCUGCUAUUUGAAGAGCUCGGGGUUACACCAAAUCGCAAAUAUUAUUUAAGAAUUUGAUAAAUGAUAGAUUUAGCAUAAAAAUCGGUAGUCCGGUAGAAUACGACUAAAAUCGGUGGAUCUACCGAAAAAUCGGAAGACCUGGUAACACUGCACCGAGGGGUAAACCGGUUGACCAACCCGGACUCCCGGACAGCUAAAUUCACGUGAGACAGUCAAAAUAUAGCCUUAUGCUGUAAAAUGCAAGCGACGUGUAAAAUUGCCAAUUCGAAAAAUAUACACGCUUUUCUUUAGUGUCGUUCCUCAUUUUCUUUUUAAACGGGUUAAGACUCUUUCAAACGAUCCGGAGCGCGGCACACGCCUGUGAUGAAGCGUUUUCAAACGAGGUCGGUGUCGUUCGGCGCUCGGCGCUCCCGUAUUUUAACUGUUCAGUUGAGGCUAGAUAUUGAAAUGAGCACAGCGCGAAAGAAGAAAGUGCUAGCCACGUACUUGCUAUGGAGACGGCGAAUAAGAAGACUCCCAUAGCCCAACGCCACAUCGGGCGUGCGACGCAAACAGGAUCGUGUGACGGGGGCCUUAGCAAGUUGAAAUUUAUUGAAAUAAUGCAUACUAUAUUUUAGCGUAAAAGUUGCAUUUGGACGUUCCGAGAUGUUGGGCGAUAAUUAUAUUGGAAAGAUUUCUUUUAAUGGAACCAGUGGUUCGUUUUUAUACAUUUUAUAGUUUCUGGCUUCUAACCCUGUGAUACAUAUUUACUCUGACACGUUAUAUAAGCAAAAUAAAUUUCAAAUGAAAAUCUCAGAUCUUUGUUUUUAUUGCAUUUAAAAAAAAUCUAUUCUACAGAUCAAAGAGGUCCUACGGUUCUUGUCUGAUGCUUAUUUUGUAG